AUGCCCACCUCUAACGAAGAAAAUGGAGAUAAAAACUAUAAGGCGUUUCGCUCCAUCGAUGGAAAAUAUUACAAAAUCCAGACUUCAGAUGUUGUGGCAUUUGCCCCCGGUUUAGCCAGGCUGGCAGAGGAACCCAUACCAGGAACGCUUGCUGAAUCCCGAACAACUAUAGUCGAAGAAUAUGGAUUUGUCCUCGAUGUCGUCUUUUCUUUCAUGAAGCGCGAACGUCACCCAAAUCUUGAGCAAAUCACUAAUAUCGAGAUGCUGAUCGAUGUCGCGAAUGCUGUCUUCAAGUAUGAAGUCUUCUCCGGGAUGAACACUUGCUUGGCGAGAAUGAGAGCUCUCAUGCCACACUACCCGCUAUUUGUAUUUUGUUUCGCUGCUGACCAUAAGCAAACGAAACUGUUGGAUGAGGCUGCAACUUACCUCUGCAGCUCCGAAUACAGCUUCGGUAGCCUGGCCGUGAGGGUUUCUAAGGACCUUCUGUUACCUUUGGUUGAAUUGCAAAAGGUUUGGUCAGAAAAGUUUCAGCCUAUUGUCGAGUUCAUUUCGAAGUUUCCGUUGUGCGUCGAGAAGGAAUGCCAUGGGGUGGAGAGGGACUUGGAGGCGGAGAAUCCCAUAAAGAUAUGCAACGGGUGCAAAGCUGAUCUCUACGGAUGGAUCUGUGUGUUGGAUCAGAUGGCCGAUAUAGGGAAAAUGAAGGAAUCUCUUCGACUUGCGGGCAGAAAGGACCUCAAGUUACCUUGUUUCACAUUCAUUUCCUCAGUGCCUGCUCAACUUACAGCGCUCAUUGCUGCAAAGUGCCUGGAUAUCAUCGACAACGAGCUUCCUACCUUCGACUUCGUCCGGCGCGAGAUAGCGAUGCUGGUUGAUUCGGACUAG